CAAUCCUGCGGUACGACUUACAAAUCUGUGCCAUACCGCUUUGUUGUCAAUUGAUCUACAGAAUUAUUAAAGACGGCAUUGAGGUCCGUUUCAUGGUGAUUAUUUCGAAGCUGGCCACAAAGACAAUUGAACUCUAUCAACACAUAUAAAAGCUCUCAUUCUAUUUCCCGAGACUUCCGACCUUCCCCUCAACCUCCUCUCUUCUCAACACCGCAACAAUGGCAUCAGUCACCGUCUACGACGCAGUCAUUCCAACUUUCACCAAGGGCCUCAGGACCUUUGAUCACAUUCUGACAAAGGCAGAGGAGCACGCCAAGGCCAACAACGUGGACGUCAACACGUAUCCCGAGACUCGUCUUGUCGAAGACCAGCUCCCCCUCACUUUCCAGGUCCAGAAUGCGACAAAGACUGUCAAGACUAAUAUCAGCCGUCUGACUGGUGUUGAGUUGGAGCCGUAUGAGAACACGGAGAAGACUAUCGCAGAUCUCCACAAACGCAUCAAAGAUGCGUUGGAGCUCCUGAGCCAGGUCGACGCCGCGACUGUCAACGCCAAGGCUGACUCGCAGGUUGACUUGCCUAUCUUUGGUGGCAAGACGUUGAAGGUCACUGCGAAAGAGGCAGCGUUGAGUCAUGGAAUUCCCAACUUCUUCUUCCACUUGAAUGCAGGAUACGCCGUUUUGAGAUCAAAGGGGGUUCCUGUUGGCAAGGCCGACUAUCUCGGUAGUUUUAUUGCCCAGUAAUGCUGGAGAAUUUGUGUAAUAAAUAAGCUCAAUCUUGAUGGCUAUGACGAGCGUCGGGCAACAGUCAUGGAACCUACUCGAUCGCAUGAAGAGACUUGCCAUUGAGCCAAAUGUUAAUCUUCAUUCAGCAGGGAUCUAAGAAGGACAUGCACACAGCUGCAG